UGAGGAGCCCACUGGCUUUAUUGGUGUAGAAAGUACUGAGGGAGCACAGCCAUUUGACCUAAGAGCAGACCCUUCUGCAUUGACUCUUGUUGGACUAACAGAUGAGCACAGAAACAGAAGAUGACUUUUAUCAGUCGGAAGAUGACCUGGAUGAAGAUGAGGCAACGCAAUAUAUAAUUGAGCAAAGUCUGAUCCAAUAUAGAAAACUCAAAGGAUUGAAUCCAAGUGAUCUAAAACCCAGUGAAGAUCCAGAUGAAAUUUUUAAAGCAAUCAAGGAAGGCGAUGAGUGUGCACUAAACAGACUUGUCGUGCAACCGGAGUGUCUGUCCAGAGUUGAUGAACGAGGAUGGAUCCCCCUCCAUGAAGCUGCAGUGCAGGAGAACAAAAACACAUUAGAGAUUAUCUUCUCAGCAUCACCCCCGGGUGCAGCCGAAUGUCGUACUCUAAAGGGUGAGACGCCACUAUUUCUGGCUGUGGUCCAUGGACUCAGAGGGAAUGCUACAUUCCUGUUACAGAAUGGUUGUAGCCCAGACAUUCAGAACGAUGAGCAGGAUUCUCCGUUAGUAGCAGCUAUUCUGAAUGACCAGUAUGACUUGGCCACACUACUGCUUAGGUACCAGGCCAAAAUAGACCAAACAGGACCACUAAACAGGACAGCUCUACAUGAGUCUGCCUUUUUAGGUUUGGAGAACUUUGUGUAUCUGCUCCUGGAGUCUGGUGCCAACCCAAACGCAUCUGACAUUAAGAAGAAAACUCCACUGGCUCUGGCUGCACAGAAUGGACAUCUCAGUGUGGUGGAGGUUCUGUUACAGAAAGGAGCCCAUGUGUGGUGUGAAUCAGAGUCAGGUACGAUUUUGUUUGAUGCAGCAGCAUCAGGAAACCCUGACAUAAUCUCCUUGCUGCUAGACCACGGAGCAGAUCCCAACGUCCCUCUUUACAGUGGACACCUACCAAUUCACCGUGUGGCAUACCAUGGACACAGACUGGCACUGGAACUCCUCAUCCCAGUGACCAAGGUGCACGCUGUGAAGGAAAGUGGGAUGAGUCCACUCCAUUCUGCAGCUGCUGGGGGACACGCUCAAUGUGUAGAGAUACUGCUCAAAGCUGGCCACGACCCAAACUUCAUGCUGCACCCCAGGGUGCGCCGCAACUAUGAUGACGAGCGUAGGUCUGCACUCUUUUUUGCCGUGUCCAACAAUGAUCUUCAGUGCGCCCGCUUGCUGUUAGAGGCUGGGGCGAUGGUGAACCAGGAUCCUGUCAACUGUCUACAGGUGGCUCUUAGACAGGGCAACUAUGAAAUGAUCAACACCUUGUUGAAAUUUGGGGCAAAUGUCAACUACUACUCCCGUGUCAACACCACUCACUUCCCCUCGGCGCUGCAGUACGCUUUGAAGGACGAGGUUAUGUUGAGAAUGAUCCUGAACCAUGGCUAUGAUGUCAAUCGCUGCUUUGACUGCCCUUAUGGGAACAAUUCCCACGACUAUGCUCCCUGGACCACUGCAGUCAUCAAAGACAUGGUGUUCUGUGAGGUGAUAACAGUGUCCUGGCUCAAGCACAUAUCUGCCCAGGUGGUGCGCAUCAUGCUCGACUACACCGACCACGUCUCCUUCUGCACCAAACUUAAGGACACCUUGCAGGACGAGAAACAGUGGCCAGAAAUCUGUCAAGUCCAAAGAAAUGCAAGGAGCCUGAAGCACCUGUGUCGGUUGCGCAUAAGGGAGCAUCUCAAUCGUCUGCGGUUGAGAGCUCCAGUUUUUAUCAACUUCCUUCCUCUUCCUCCAAGGCUGAAAGAUUACCUACGCUACAAGGAGUUUGAUGUUUACAGCAGAGGCAGCAUGGUCGCCCCCUAAUGAAAUCACAUUCGCAGAUGUCACAGAGACUAAUGAGUAUCCGUUGGCUUUCUGCCUUGUGUUAUGUGUUUUGAAAGUGACAUGUUUGCUGUACACAGAAAAACAUAAAUGUAGCAUGAAAUGUUUUAUUAAGUAAGCAUUCUUUUUACACGGGGAAUUAAGUUUUUGUAUUUACAACACACAGAAUCUCUACAACAGUAAGGACGUCAUAAUUGGAAAUAAUAACAGGUAGAUCAAGAGCGGGGUCAUUCUUGAUCAGAACCACACAUCUGUGACACAUGGACUUAAUGAGGUUGUUGAUGCCACUUGUGGGAUAUUUUCCCACUCUUCCCGAAGGGCUUGGUGAUGUUGGUGGACAUUUUCGGGGACAGGAUCAAGCAAUGUCCCUUUCUCAUGUGGCAGAUUGUCUGUCACACCAUGCUGAUGUUAGAUUAGAUGACAAAUGGUGGAGUUGUGGACACCUAACUGUUGUACCAGCAUCCUGCAUGCCAAUAAACUGCCUCAUCAUAUGUGGCAUCGUGUAUUUGAAAUAAAGCUGCAUUUUAAGAUGGCCUUUUAUAAACACUGGUCAAA